GACUCUGUAACAUGGAGCAUACACCAGCACCGUAUGGACCAAGAUCUGUUUAUGGAUAUGCUUUGUACAUAGGUUCAAAUAUGCUUUUUCUUUUGUUUCUAGUAUGGGCUGUAAUACCAGAUCAAAUAUUACAUAGCUUAGGAUUAACAUAUUGGCCUUCCAAAUAUUGGGCUGUAGCGAUUCCAAUUUGGGCUUUAACUGCACUUGCUACAUUUGCAUUUAUUAUUUAUCCAGCUAUAAACUUGACUAUAACUCCAGAUAUAAAUGAUAUUGCAACUAUUAGAGAUAAACAUUCAUAUCCUAAGAAAGAAACUAUUCCUGGUGGUAUACCGCCCGUGUUCGAUAUUCCAAUAACAGAAGUCUGUAGGAAAUUAUAUUUAACAAAGAAAAGAAGCAAUAAAUAUUGUUAACGUUUAUGGAACUUUUAAAGGAAGCGAACUAUAGGAUGCGAUAAUGUAAAAAUUGAAUUUCUAAAAUAAAUCUUUAUAUUUUAUAAAGUA